CGCGCCCCCGCCGGCGCCGGGCGCGUUCCCGGCGCUGGGAGAAGGAAGAGGCUGGAGGAAGAUGGAGACCGCAGCAGCCUAUGGAGCUGGCAAGGCUGGGGGAGCCUUUGACCCCGUCACGUUCAUCAGGCAGCCUCAGACCAUACUCCGGGCUGUCAGCUGGCUUUUCUCGAUUGUUGUAUUUGGAUCAAUUGUCAACGAGGGCUACGUGAACCGACCGAGCGAGAUCGAGGAGCACUGCGUCUUCAAUCGCAAUGCCAACGCUUGUAACUAUGGCAUCACCAUCGGGGUGCUGGCCUUCCUCGGGUGCCUGGCCUUCCUCGCCCUCGACGCCUACUUCCCGCAGAUCAGCAGUGUCAAGGACCGGAAGAAGGUGGUCUUGGGGGAUAUCGGAUUUUCAGCCUGCUGGUCCUUCUUGUGGUUUGUGAGUUUCUGUUUCCUCACAAACCAGUGGCAGGCCACGAAUCUGGCUGAAGACAACCCACUGAAGGAGGGGGCAGACGCUGCCCGUGCUGCCAUCACCUUCUCCUUCUUCUCAAUCUUCACCUGGGGUUACCUGGUGCUCCUUGCGAUGGAACGUUUAAAGGACGUCACCUUCACAGAGGAAUACAACAAACUGUUCCCACCGCAGCAAAACCCUGUGCUUGUUUAACUUCUCUCCCCUCUACCCCUGCGCUCUGUCUGUCAACCCCCUCCCCCACCCCCCACUUUUCUCUCGCUGUCUGAAGUUCAGGGGUCUAACAGCAAGUGAGCUAGAAACUCUAACCUUGUGCAACGCCAAAGUAUUCCCCUACCAACAUAGGUGGUGGCAGACAGUAUUUGUCACUGCUACUCUCUGGAUGAAAAAAUCAGGCUUCUUAUCAUUGAAUUAAGUGAUGUGAAAUUUGUAGUUUGUGCUGAAAUGACUAUAAAUUGCAAAAGCAGAAAACAAACGAGUAAUGGGAUAGUUUUCUUGGAUCUGAUGGUGGAAGGGAAGAAGCUGUUUCUGAAAUGUUGAGUGGAGGUCGUCGGACUCCCUACUCCCCCACCUCCGAUGGUGCUAAGAAGAGGGCAAGUCCUGGACAGGUGAAUGUCCUUAAUAAUAGAUACCACCUUCUUGAUAGGCCAGCUGUACCCCCACCCUCUCAACCCCACCCCACCCCCAUCUCCAGCUCCUGCCUUAUUCUGGGGGGGCAUGGACCUGUUUCAUUAUCUUCCUUCUGCCCCCCCCCCCACCUCACCCUCAUCCCCAGCCCUCACUUCCCUCUCAGUCAGGAGUUGUGAGUUCAAGGCCCAUCCCUGCGCAGUUCCCAGAUGAGGAGGGUGUUUGGUGGUUCCCUUCAGUGUAUAGAAAAGAUCCCACAAGGCCAUUUUAAAGAAAAAUGCAGACUAGGCUUCCGAAUUAUGGUGUCAAUACUUAUUCUCUAGGAAGAAAACUAAAAGAUAGUUAUCCUUAGUCACUUUGUGUGAGAGGGAACUUGCUUAGCACAAAUUGGCUGCCGCAUUAUUGAAUUCAGAUUAACUUAUUUAUCACAUCACAUCGAAAGGUGCCAUUUGCAUUAACAACCAACGGAACCUAAAGAUGGCGCCUCGCAUCCCAGUGGCAGGAGGUGGGAAUCUGCCCUCCCUACCCGUGCCAAGGUUGACUCUUCACUGCCUCCUCAGAUCAGAGGCCUCUGGGGAUGAGCACUCGAUGCCGGCACCUCUGUGGACUUCCAUGUCCAGUGAGCAAGUGUUAGAACAGGCUACAGAAUCAAUUCACAUCCCUCUCCCUUACCCCUUUCAUUCCUGAGGGUCUCAGGCAACUGAGGCACAGAUGCCAGUUGGGGGAAGGGGAGGGGUGGAAAUGAAUUUGGGUCUUGAUUGAGAGGCUGAGAUUGGAGGAUGAUAAAUCCAGGGUAGAAGGAGAGACGGGGAUGGAGCGAGACCUGACUGAGAUUUGAGAGCACGGUGAGAAUUUAAUGAGCCAGUGACUUUACGUGCACUGACAGCCAAUUUAGAAGACAGUGGGCUACAGGCUCCAUGUCCCUGUGUUCUGAAUCUGGUUUGAGCAGGCACCAGUGUUUUUUGCUAGCUUAAUCACCCUAAUGCAGUUACCAGACAAGCCCUUGCCAGGUUCUAUAAUAACCUUCCAGUGCCUUUGUGUGAUCCUACCUACAAACACAGAAGGAUUUACUACUGCAUGUAAUCAGGCUGUCUUAAUGUGUGAACUACGUGCUCUGGCCUAACUCUCAUUUGUAUUUUAACAGUCUUAACAUAUUAACAACACUAACAGCAGUGUCCUCUCUCUCUUCGCUUGCUCUUCUCUUUCCUGCACCUCAUCUCUGUCUCACUCUUCUCCCUCCCCCUCUGUCCUCCUCUGCCAUCCACCCUUCCUCUCUCUAUGCCUCUGCCUGCCUCCCGUUUUCUUUGUCUCCAUCUCUCCCCCACUGUCUCUGUCACUGUGUGUGUCUCUCUCUCUCUCACUGUGUCCCUCUCUCAUUUUCUCGUGUCUCUGACACACUGUCUGUAUGUCUCCACUCCCUUUCUCUGCCCUUUCACCACCCCCCCCCCCCCCCCC